AUGCCUGGCUUCGGGCAUAUACGAAUGCCCCAAGGACCGGAGCUGAACGGUCGCAAUGUCCAACUUGUUGUACGCCAGCAGCCAGUCAACGGCUUGGUCACGACAACCAAGAAAGAGAAGAACCGUAAGCCGCUUGAUCCUCCUCCAAUACUCCAGCUCAAGGUAUCAGAUCAACACAUGGACUCCGCAUGGCUAGUCAGCCCAUAUCUCUUCGUUGUUGCGAAUCUACUAGAGGGAGAGGCUGGUGGAGAACGACUCAUUGGCGAGAAGUACAUGAUCGGAGCCAGCUCAUCUUCAUUACACCGUCUCAAGGACGUCGAUAACUCAGAUGGUGGCUUCUUUGUCUUUGGAGAUAUUUCCAUAAAACAGACUGGCAAGUAUCGCUUGAGAUUCAACCUGUUCAACUACGACAAAUCGGGUGAGAACAAUGUUGAGUUCAUAACGCACGUCGAAUCGGCAGUGUUCACAGUCUACAACCAAAAAGAGUUUCCGGGCAUUCGCGAAUCGUCAGUUCUGUCGCGAACUUUCUCAGACCAAGGCGUGCGACUGCGACUUAGAAAGGAGGCAAGGCCAGCAGCAGGCAAGAAACGUACCUUCGAAGCACUCGAUCUCGUCCCGGCCGUCGACAAGUCACCUGGCGGUGCUAUCGGCGGCAGUCAGUACAGUCUCGCGGAUUCAGUAGACUACAAGCGACGCCAACUACAUCAUGACUACUCCUUGAAUCGACACGAGCGCUACAGCCAGUCAAACUAUGCAUAUCCACAGCAGAACAUCAUGCACAAUAGUUAUGGCGGCAAUUACAUGAGCUACGAUCAACAGAGCCCUACAUAUCAGCUUGGUCGAGAUUACACAACAACAAAUAUGUCCGGUGGCUACCCUGACCAUGGAGCUUCACAUACAGAUAUGUAUAGCGGUAUGGCAAGACUAAAUACUCAGAGACCUCCGGCAGUUGGAUCAGCAAGCUAUCCUCUGACGACCAGCCAGUCCGCAAUGGACCAGAUGGGCUUUCUUAGUAGCUAUCCAACACCCACGUCAGCGCAUCAGCAGGGCCACGUCCCACAACUAUCACAUUCUUCGGACGAUGAUUCUUUCGGACGAGCGCAGCCGCAGGAAGUACAGCCAUUCUUACCGCAAGACAACAGCUAUGCAGGGUCGUUCGGCAACGCCAACAAUGAAAUCAUGCGUCGUCCAUCGCAACAAUCUCUGAUCGCAAACAGUAUAGGUCUGCCAUCCGAUCGUUCCAUUGCGACUACAACUUCCAGUGCAACGACCGGAGCUCUGAGUACUACGAAUGACUAUCUACAAGGGAUGUACUCUCACAGCGAUGACGUGAAGCUCGUCUCGAGCCCAGAUCACGAUACGUAUGGUGCGGUAGCAGGAAGACCACCACAAGUGUUGCCCAGGGAGCCACGGUAUAUGCCGUCAGGUCUCACCACAGUGGGUGGCACGCCAAUAGAGCACAGCCAUCACCAACAAGCGCCAUCGUAUUCUGGCAGCGACUCCUCGUUACCACCACAGCCACAGCAGCAGUCAGUACAUGACUACUCAUAUCAGACACAACUACCGAACUACCCGACUCUCACGCCUGCGACACAACAACCUUCACAACCUUCGCAGUCAAUGUACAACUUCAACCCUUUGCCUCCAGGUUAG